AUGGACGAGGAAUUGGCUAAGGUGCAGGCUCAAAUCGCGCUUCUUGAGCCGCAGAUCCAAGCGGUUGGGGAAUCUUUUCUCUCUGCCCUUCAGAGUGGCAAUCAAUCUCUGGCGGAAUACUGGCUGAAGGAGAAAGAGCGGCUGCAGAAGAAGGAAGAGCAGCUGCGGAAUGAGAAAGAGCAGCUGCGGAAGAAGGAAGAACAGCUGCGGGAGGAAAAACUCCUCCUCCUCAGAAGUAAUGUGCCCCAUGGAAUCCGCAGAUCUGGGGCACUAACCCGGAAGAACGUUGAAGACGUCUGUGCUGAAGUUUGGGAACGGGUGAAGGAACGUCUUCCUUCCAUGCCUCCAGAGCAAUAUUUUAAGCACUCUUAUUCUCGUAGCAGCAAGGAGUUAUGUACCUUAAAAGGCAGGGCGGUUCUGUUACUAGAGGGGCUGGAGGAUGGAGAUUAUAUCGGGUCUGCGUCAGAGGUGCUUGGGAAGCUGCGGGAUACAGACCUCUGCUUCUUGAUUGAUGCUUCUGGCAGUGGCAAAACAAGGACGCUCUACGAAAUAUCUUGUCAGAGGGACUCCAUUUACUUGACGGGUGUUACGGAGAGCGGAUCAGGGGAUGAAGGUUCUCGAGAUCUUUAUCACGUUGCAACAGAAUUGGGACGCUUGUAUCCCGAGGGAGUCAUCCCAGAAGACGCCUUAAUGGUGUGCCUUACAGCAGUUUUCAUAUCGAGGUUUUACAUUUUGAGAGAAGCUCGCUCUGCAGGCAUCGACGUUACCCGGCUCGUCUGGCUUUUUAAGCAACUAUACUUUUCACACUUGAAUUAUCCAUGGCGUGAUCCAUGGAGGGAGCUGACGAGGAGAAUACUCAGUCUGAUCCGGAAUUCAUCCGACAUUGAAGCUGCAAGCGACAUCUUUCCUGACAUUCUCGAUGAGCUUAAAAGACAGGUACGCUGGGAUGAUAAGGGCGUUGUGGUAAUAGACGAAUGCCAAGAACUAUCACAUUUGCUGGAGAACAGGUUUAGGGGCCUGACUGUGAGUGACGUUAACCUGUCGAUGCUAGACAAGCUCGCCUUGGCUCUGCGUGACAUGAAGUUCGAAAAUACCAUAAUAUCUGGGACAGGCCGGCAUUUGAUACGGAUGCUAGACUCCCUUUCAGAGACCGUGAAAGACAAACUCAGCUAUUAUGUGUACUCUGACUUUGGGCAUUUUUCUAGUGCCGAAUCUAUCAAGGAGUACACAGUGAAGUUUGUGAAAGACGUGUGUGAUUUCGACUUCAGCACGAUCUUUGGUGUUUACAGAGGCAGAUACAGGUUUUACGUGACAGUGUUACAGAUGUUCUUACGGGAUUCAGAGGAGCAACGAUUGGUCGCUACAGACUAUUUCUUGAAGAAGGCAGAUGAUUUGUGUAGGCGACCAGGCCCUGCCCUCUCCAUCAACAGAUCUGUGUGGGACGAUGUUGUGAAGUUCUUUGCACUACCAUCAUUCCAUCCUGGGUGUUGGGAGGUGGUCAUAACUUUAUUGCUGCUGCGGGUGUACACGGGAGUUCCUGUAAGCCUGGCAGUCACGGACAGUGAUUUGAGAUUUGUACAAGCAGGGAUCGGCAGGCUGAGACGGACUGGGGAGAGCAGCUACCAGCCUUUGCAUUUCAAACCGGAUACAGAUUUCUGCUCAGCUGCUCCUCAGAAUGCAGCACAGGUUUCCCUUCGAACUGUUGAGAUUGGAGAACCGCUUGUAGUGAGGGCUUUGUGGAACUAUCUCACAGCCAGUGUAGAUGUGCAGAAGAAGCUGAUCAAUGAUAUGGGUGUUUGCAGCAAGUCAGAGCUAGGGGUGAAGUUUGAACCGUAUUCCGCUCCCUUGCUUCUGCAGUUUUUGGAGAAUAAGGCACCAGUGGAUUUUAUCCCAAAGGUGUACAAGGAAAAAGUGGAUCCGGUCUACAAGCAUCCUCUACAAGUGCCAAGGUCAAACAACUGUGAGAUGAUACAGCAAAUGCCUGAAGAGGACAAUGGGAUGACCUUUCUGGCAUGGCUUGAGCAGUUUGAGGUGGUUUUACAAGGAAAGCAACAGGAAUCCUUUCGGCCUUUUUUUUAUAGUGGAAAUGUUAUUAGAUUUGGACCUGACAUGAUUGCUGCUUGCAUCAGCAAGGUAGGAGAGAAGCAAGUUCCUGUCUUCUCGCUAUAUCAACACAAAGUUAGGUCGAAGACAGACUUGACAAGUGCCUUGGACAGGUUAGAUAUUGAUGAUCUGUUUUUGCACAACAAAGGUUUUAAGGAAAGAUCACAAAUUGAGGAGAUAGCUGUCACAAAGUUUAAACAGUUUUUGCAUCAAGGAGGGCUUUUGAAAUGGAUUAUCUGUUUUACUACAGAUAUUAAUGUGUUUCAGAACGAUGAUUUAAUGUGUGGGAGUGUUCCAAAGAUCCACAAAAGAAAGCGCAUAUAUGAGAAGUUAAAGAUCACAGGCCUUGUUGGGAUAAUUGACAAACAUAUGCAGGUGAUGGUGGAAGAAAAUGCAUGGUUUGUUAAUGCUGUGGAAUAUUUGAAAUAUGGGGAGUAA